AUGCUGACCGCUGUGUGUACAAUCUCUCAGCUUUUGAAACACUGCAAUGAUACCGAAACGCCUUGGACGGUGGAAGCUGCAUCGAGGUCGUCGUUCUGGACAACUGACUUGGGUAAGAGCUUGAUUAAAUCUUCGGUUGACAUUGAUCUCAAUGCCUUUGGCUCCCCAACACCCGGUUGCAUUCGGUUUGCAUCCUCCCUGCCACUUGUCCUUCGAUCUUGUGCGAGCUUGGCGACUGCCAGUCGCCAAAAGUCUUCCACUGAUGUUGCUUUGGGGCAGCUCUACCGUGCGCUCGCAUCAGUCAUGCUCGAGCAUCUGCAUGUUCGCACUCCGCAGGUUCCACCACUUGCUGCAGCUCAGGUUGCGACGGGGAUGCAGCCACGCAAGUUCCCUCUGGCCCCAGUUCCUGAAUUUAAGCGUUUUGUGCAAAUUGCUGUGCCGCAAUGUCCACCCCUGGACUCCAAGAACCGGCUGCUGACCACUCUUCGCGUGCAGGACACUGUUGUGCCUGCUGGUUCCAAGCUUGUGCCGCCUCUUUCUCGACUGGCUGCCGAUCGUGUAGAGGGGGAAGGUUUGAUCUGCAACCAGGUGCACCGUACUUCGCAGGCUGGAGCAUCGCUCGCCGAACACAAUCCAGACGCUUCGGACGCGUCGAGUGGUGUGAAUCAGGCAGCACCCCCCCCUUGUGGUUCCGCCGGUGCCUUCCCUUCCUCUUCGGGUCUAGUGGGUGCUGCCUGUGAUAGUGUUCAUCCCUCUUGCGAUGCCGAUAUGCCCCCUCGCAUGCAGUCUGUUGGGCGAGCAGCACCUUCCAGUUGUGGUUCUCCCGCCUUCCCCUUUUCCCCUUCGGGUGUAGGCGGUGCUGCUCCAUUAGCUUUAAGCCCCACAUGUUCAGGCUCGCUGGUAUGUGCGACCGAGUGUGAAGCAGAGAUGCUGGCCUCGAAUCUUGGUGCUAGAGUUGAUGCCAGCAGCCUUGUCAGUAUAUUCGAAACCUUACCAGCUGAAGUGCCAGCACGUGGCGUUGAUGAUGCUCGUGAGAAGGCUUGGACCGCGGGAGCUUAUUCCCAGAACAAGCUAUGUGGCCUGCGGAAGCACACCAGAGCUUUCCCUCGUGUUGUCUCUGCCGCGGUCAGGUACUUGCGUACAUGCUUCCCAGAUGCAUGCUUCGCGACGAUUGCCUUUUACUCCAACGUUUGCACUCCGAUGCACAGGGAUGCAAACAACUUGGAGGGCACGCUGAACUAUGUUGCUCCCCUCACAUCUUUCAAAGAUGGAGGCAUUUGGGUGCAGGAUGAUGGGGGCACUCACUCCCGGAUGACGCCAUGCGGCCAAUCCACAGGCCGUGUAUUGCAAGUCUGCGAGGGCCCCGUGCAUUUUGAUGCACACCGCUUUCAUUGCACCUUGCCUUGGCUCGGAUCAAGAAUCGUCCUGAUCGGCUUCACUCCGAGAAAUCUUUCGUCGCUGAAGCAGAGUGACACUAGACUUCUUCUACACCUGGGCUUUCCGCUGCCGGGUCACAACCCCCCGAUCCUGCCAGCCAUCGCGGCGCCUCAGGUUGACGGGGCUGACACUCCACAAGUUGAGCUUGCCGAGGAGCGGGAUCGAGAGCUGUGUACCUUGACGUUUGGCGUGUAUCAUACUGAAAGCGAGUUCGUGCGUGCCGCCGUGAAGGCGGGUCACCCUAAAGCAAUGGUUGACUCGUUGCCAGCACAUCUUGAAUCUUGCAUAGAUCUAGUGUCGAAGGCCCCGCCGAGUGCCAUCGUCGAGCGGCGCAAGCAGUGGCUGGAUAAGUGGACCGCCCGCGCCGCUAAGAUAGGUGUGCGUCCCGACCCUAUCUGGGAAGUCGAGGACCCGCACAUGAGGGAGGUGCUGCGAAGCAAACGACUACAGCUGUUGGAUGAGAUUAUCGCGAGCGAGGGCUAUGAGGAUGUGAGCUUGGCCAGUGACAUAAGAUCGGGUUUCGACUUAGUGGGGACCUCGCCUGUGUCGAACGUGCUGCCUGGGAAAGUGUCUCCAGCAUCCCUUCACCCUGACGAUGUCAGCGCUGCCGCGGGUCGCGCAAAUGAAGCCCUUCGGAUGUCGCUUGGUUCAUCGGGGGAUCAUGCCACUGACUUGAAGUUGUGGGAAAAGACCAUGCAGGAGGUAGACAGGGGCUGGCUUGUGGGCCCAUAUGGUUGGGACGACCUGCCCGACGGGUAUGUCGUAUCGCACCGCUUCCCUUUGUGGCAACACGACAAAUUGCGGCCCAUCGAUGACUACAGCCGCAGCGGGGUGAAUGCAUGCGUGACCACCCUAGAGCAGCCCACAGUGGACACGGCGGACGUGGCGGCCGCCAUGUUUGCCAAACUGUGCGAGGGACUCGGGAAGGCCAAGCGACCCUCCUGGAUCAAGGGCCGUUCUUUCGACUUGACCGCUGCAUAUCGGCAGCUGUGUGUCUCCACUGCCUCCAGGAAGUUUGCUGUGAUUGCCGUUUACAACCCUCACACGGGGAAGACAUGCCUUUUCACACAGAUUUGCCUCCCGUUCGGUUCCCGAGCAUCGGUCAACGGCUUUAUCAGGUGCUCUCGGUGCAUCCAAUGGUUAGCGACGCGCUGCCUCCUUGUACCGACGACUUCAUAUUACGACGACUUCAUAGUAGCGUCGCCCGACUGCCUAGCAGACAAUACAGGAAGCACGAUGGAGCUACUGUUCCAGCUGUUAGGUUGGGUGUUCGACACAGUGGGCCCGAAAGCCGACACCUUCUCUCGGGAUGUCUCGGCUCUUGGAUUGCACUUUGACUUGUCUGAGAGCGGGGGUGGUGUCGUUACCGUGGACAACACCGAGAAGAGGAAGAGGGACAUCCAUGCUUUGGUUUCGGACGUGCUUGCCAAGGGCCAGCUCUCUUACAAAGGUGGCAUGGAGUUGCGUGGCAAACUUGCUUUUGCAAACUCGCAGGUUAUGGGUAAAGCCGGGCAUUACGCCCUCAAGCAUGUCAGCACACACGUGCAUGCAUACCCUUUCAUGCCGAAGUUGAGUGCUGCCACGACCGACGCAUUGAGCUUUCUGAUGGCUCGCAUACUUGAAGGACAACCCAGAAGGAUUCAUAAGCCGCUAGGCCUGCCAUGGUUCGUGUACACUGAUGCCAGUUUUGAGCCUGACUAUACCGGAGGUUUAGGUGGUGUGCUGAUCUCGCCUUCGGGUUCCGUAGUCGGGUGGUUUUCACUGCUCCUGGAGAGCGCCGACAUUCGCCCUUUGCUGCCCUUGAAAGCGGAGACAGGCAUCGGCGAGUUGGAAGCGAUAGCGGUUGUACUUGCAUUUCAGCUGUGGGAGGAACACUUGAAGUCCACCGAGUGCGUGGCAUACCUUGACAACGAAGGCGCACGAUGUUCGCUGAUCAAGGGCUGCUCAUCGUCUUGGUCUAUCACGCGGAUCUGUCACAUCUUCGCUAAGACUUGUGAAUCGCACACGGUGCUGCCCUGGCUAGCACGUGUCCCGUCGUACUGGCAAGAGCUCUACAACAACCCGUUGAUUGCACGCGACAAUGAUGGGUUUAAAGGCGCAGAGCAGCUCUGGGUGCCAGCGCACAAAAUGAAGCUGAGAGCCAGGGAGCACUACCGCGAUCAUCAGGUCAUUGAGUCUUCAGAGCACAUGAAGGCACCAAGCAUGGAGACCCGUGACAUGUUGGCCAAGCAUCUGAACAGACAGGAUAUGAGUUUCAGCUCAGAUCUGUUCAACAUAACUGCCGAGCAACACAAGGAUGUUCAUCAGGUCACUCCUAAGAAAUCGAAGCCUGCUGAGCCUGGCAAUACGGGGGAAGCCAUCGUGACGCCUGAGAAGACCAAGGAAGUGAACUUAACUCGUGAGCGCCCGAUGCUGCAUCGGCAAAUGGAGUCGGGCAUGAAUAAGCUGCGCAACGAGUUGUCCAAGCAACUGGGGGUGUUCACGCAAGUCCAGGAAGCUUGGCAGAAGCAUCCUUCGGAGCUGAAGAGCAAGGAUCGAGCCGCCUUGCAGUUCUUGCGGAUCUACCAGUUUCGCUUUGAGGUGAUUGCUCGCUUGGCUGGUCAGCCUGACCUCAUCACUAAGCUGGUGCCUGAUAAGUUGGUGCCUGAUGCAAAUGCGGCUGCGGGUGUGACAAACCCGCCGUCACCUGGUUCGGUGAUGACAGGGCACACGCAAGAGGAUUUAACCAAGGCGGCUGCAGACAGCAUGAAGAUGGACUUUCAGGAUUUUCUGGCUCAGGAGUUUGUCAUUUCCCAGAAGUUUUGGGACGGGGACGGCAUCUGCACAUUGGACUCUUUGCGUCAACAGCAGGAGACAGUCUUGGAUUGUGCCACGGCUGAGGAGUUUCUCGCAAGCAAGAAAACUUGGCAGGAUGCUGAGAAGGCCAUCCACAUGUGCGUCAAGGGCUCCAAGGUAAGUUCCGAUGACGUGAUCAAGCACUUGAAGUCGAUGAUCGCGGAAGACAAGCGGCAGAAGAAACGAAAGCAAACCAACGAUGAAAAGGAAGCACUCAAGAAAGCAAGGCUGGAAGCAACAGAAAAGGUCGCAGAGAUCAAGAGCAGGAAGGCUGCCGGGGCCGCCGUCCCCAGUCUCUUCACGGCCUCAGUUGACGGUAUUGAUCUAGUCCAAACCUAUGCUGCAGCGGAUUUGGCCACCGGCAGGCAAGAGAUUUGGAGAUCGCCAUGGAAGUUGGCCGAGAAACAUGAGGCAUUGAUUGAGGCGCUGGGCGAUGCGGCUGUGCAGAAAAGCUUGGCUGCGUGGGGGGCGCAAUACAAGAGGAUGCAGGCGCAAACCAAAUUGGACACAGUUACUGUGGCAAUGCAGGAAGGCAAGGGGAAAGAAGUCAUGACCAAGUUAUUCGAAAGCCUCGCCAAGAAGAGUGACGUGACAGAUGUCACAAGUGUCCCUGGUGGCUCUGGCUUCAUGUCCGCAUGUUGGCUUUAUGGAUGUGCGGCAGAGAUCAAAACCGUCAACGUUCUCCCGAACCACAGCUGCAUGAUGAAGUUGCUGGUGAGUGGAGAGGUUCGUCACAUCUUUCUGCGUGCAAAGGGCUUGCUUGGAGUUCUUUACAAGAUGAAAGCCAUUGACUCAGAGCACGAUCUCAUGUCGGCCAUAGAGCAUUUGAAAGGGCUCGAUGCCCAGGGCUUGCUUGACUUAUGCAAGAGCGGAGUUGAAAUCCUCGAAACGACGCAGCAUAAAGGUGAGUUGCUCUUUGUCCCAGUGGGCUGGGUGGUGGUGGAAAUUGCAAAUCCAUCAGUCCACCUGUUCGGGGUGCGCAAGUCCUUCAUGCUCAGCUCCAGCGCUGAUGACUAUGAGCUCUUCAUGAAAAUCGUUGCAGCAAGGGGCCAAAACGUUGAAAGAAUGACGAAGAUCCAUGAGUUGAUGAUGAGUGACAAAGAGAAGGCCAAGCCAACUGACAAAGAGCAGGCAAAGCCUGCGGCAAAGCAGCCAGUGGCACCGCCCGCAGAGGAAGUUGCGACAAAGCAGCCAGCGGGCGUUGGAAGUUGCUGCUAA